UUUGGCAAAGGCUGCACAGGCAUCUGUUUGUGUGAUAUGACACAUACAUCCGUGUGCAACACAGUGAACGGGAGCUGCACAUGUGACGCAGGAUGGAUUGGUUCCGAAUGUAAUACAGAUUUUAACGAGUGUGCGUCAGCUAAUGACUUCAAAUGUCCUGCAAACUCGACAUGUGUCAAUUCACGGGGUAGUUACAUUUGCGAUUGUGACCCGGGUUUCGAAAAGAGCAGCAACAUUGAUAACUGUACAGUUUGUCUUCAAGGUCGUUUUGGCAAAGGCUGUACAAGUACCUGUAUGUGUGAUAUGACACAUACAUCCGUGUGCAACACAGUCAAAGGGAGCUGUACCUGUGCCGCAGGAUGGACUGGCACUGAAUGUAAAACAGAUGUCGACGAGUGUGUGUCAGCUAAUGGCUUCAAAUGUCCUGCAAACUCGACAUGCGUAAAUACUCUUGGUAGCUACAAGUGUGAUUGUGACUCGGGUUUCAAAACGAGCAUCAAAGGAGAUAGCUGUACAGAGUGUUUAGACAACACUUAUGGAAUAAAAUGUUUCAAUACAUGCGCAUGCGUUAAGGAGCACACACUUUCCCACACCCAGUCAUGUGACACUGUCAAUGGAACAUGCAAGUGCACUGGAAACUGGACGGGUAGUACUUGCCAAAUCGAUGUAGAUGAGUGCCAAGAAGAUGUGUGUAAGGAUCAAAACGCCGUAUGUGACAACACUGAUGGUUCUUUUGCUUGCUACUGCAAGAAAGGCUUUGUAAAAGACGAUGUUACCAAAACUUGUUCAAAUGUUACGACAGUUCCAGGAAAGCAAAAAGACCUGCAGAUAACACUGAACAUUGACGCUGGGAGUAUUAAUCUUACAUCAGACAGGGAUUUUGCAGUGGUUGCCGGAAAAGUUACAUUAUCGCUACGGACCUACCUGUUGCGGUUUAUUACAAAUUUCCAAAUUGUCAUUAAGAAUCUACGGAGCGGAAGCUUAGUAAUAGACUUUACACUUUUCUACAACAACGCUGCUGAUGCGGUUACAAGUGUUACUAAGGCACUAGGCGAUCUUAGGAAUGGAACAAACAUCACGUAUGACGGAAAGAUUGUUGAAGCAAUCUCAGAACCACUUGCUAACGCCACGCUGUGUGGUUUGUUCGAGGAGAUAAGAGGAGGUCCGUGUGAAUACGGAAUGGCGUGUAACGUUACAAACGGUGUGGCCUCGUGCGUAGUGAACAUUGUGCCCACAGACAAUGUUAAGCUGAUCAUAGGUGUUUCUGUGGCGGGAGGUCUAAUUCUGGCUAUAGGAAUUUGUACAGCGAUAUGUAUUGUGAUCAAAAGAAAAGCGAGGAACGCCAAAAAACACACCCUAAGGCUGGAUAACCUCAAUCGAUUUGAUGGACAAGGUGGGAAGGUAUUUUGGAGAUCACCAUCCAAAGAAGUUCGCCAUGAAAAUGAACCAGAUGCCCCAAGGUAUAGAACAUGGCGAUCCAUGGCUCUGUCAUUCAGGCAGGAUGCCGUUCAGAUUCCGAGAAUAGUUGCAGACGAGAAUUCAGGUACUGCAGGGUAGUGAUUUACAGUACGAAGAAAAGGCCAGGAAAAAACACUAAUAAAUAAGCUUUUAUUAGAUUUCCUGUGAAUUUCGAUUCCACCGAAUCAUAUUUAAAGUGUAUAUAUGCAAAUUUCGUUUCGUACACCCUAUGUGGAAUCUGACAUUAUUAUUGUGUAUAAGUUUUAAUACUGAUCAAUGGUGUUUAUCAUUUGUUUUGAAUGUCCAAUUAGGUUUUCAUAAUUGCUAUAUUUGUUGUCUAUUUUUAUAUAUUUGUUUAAUAUGUGUUUUGUAUUAUUUUAUUAUUUUAUCUAAUGAAAAAUAUGAACGUUCAAUUUAUGUUGAAAUACUAACAGAAUUUGUACAAUAUUAUAUAAAAUACUGAUCAUAUUCAGAUAUAAAAAAAACAUAGUCCAUACGGUUCGUUUGUGUGAAUUGACACCACAGGUUAUUUUUUCAAGUCGUGACAACGCAUUUUCAGUUUUAAACCUAUUUAUUCAUGAUCCAAAAGAUAACAAGUACUUUAUAUAUCAGCAAAAGCAACCAAAAUGCCUUUUUAGCAUAUAAACACUAAAAAUUCAAGUGACACUUUGGUAUCUUUUAAAGUGUAUUGUGGCGUUUUGUAAAUAAUUAUGUACACUAUGAUGAUUUGUGUAGCUACUCGUUAAAAAGGUGGUUAUAACUUUCUUUAAUACAUAAUAUUAAGUUGCAUGUGUUUCAUACGUUUUGUAUACUUUCUGUAUUUUGUCUUACUACUAAUUUUAUUUCGUGUUUAAAAAUAUGCAAGAUCUUUUCUAUUAAUUACUGUUUCC